AUGAAUUUUCAACACAAUACCAUCUCAGCGACCUUCAACGUCUGCGUCCCCCCCCCGAAUUGCCUCGCGACUACAACUCGCCCCCUUAGCGAAAUGCCCCCAGCCGCGCUUCGCGAUCCGCACGUCCCCAAUGGACGUAGCACAAAUGGUCACUUGCACGUCAAUGGUAACGGUGCCGCUAAUGGAAGCUCCCAUGCCGUCAUGUCGCAUCGCGUGAGCCCUUCGCGCAAGCAGUCCAGCCCUAUGGCCCCUGCUUUCAUGGUCUCGGCCCCUGGCAAGGUGCUCUUCUUUGGCGAGCACUCUGUCGUCUACGAAAAGCCUGCCAUUGCCGCCGCCAUUUCUCUACGAUCCUACCUCCACGUCACUACCCUCUCCAAGUCGCGACGAACAGUCUCCCUACGAUUCCCCGACAUAGAUCUGCUCCAUUCUUGGAACAUUGACGAGCUGCCUUGGAACAUCUUCCACCGCGCCGACAAGAAGAAGUCAUACUACUCCCUCGUCACCAAGCUCGACCCCGAACUCAUCGACGCCCUCCAGCCCCACCUCGACAUUGUCUCCCUCGACCACCCGGAAGAGACUCGCAAGGUCCAUAAGAAUACCGCCUCUGCCUUCCUCUACCUUUUCCUAUCGCUUGGCAUGCCCUCCUUCCAUGGUUGCCUCUACACACUCCGCUCCACCAUUCCCAUUGGCGCCGGUCUCGGAAGCAGUGCCUCCAUUUCUGUCUGCAUGUCCGCCGCUCUGCUGCUACAGCUACGAACCCUUUCCGGCCCCCAUCCCGACCAACCCCAUGAGGAGGCUCGCCUGCAGGUCGAGCGCAUCAAUCGCUGGGCCUUUGUUUCCGAAAUGUGCAUCCACGGCAACCCCUCUGGUGUCGAUAACACUGUUGUCACCCAGGGCAAGGCUGUCGUCUUUCAGCGCACCGGCGACAGCAACCCCCGAUCCGUCCGCCCUCUCUGGGACUUUCCUGAGCUGCCUCUCCUCCUCGUCGACACCAGACAACCCAAGUCUACCGCACAUGAAGUCGCCAAGGUCGCCAAGCUCAAAGAGGCUCAUCCUAAGCUCGUCAAUUCUAUCCUCGAGGCCAUGGAUCGUAUCACAGUGUCUGCCGGUGAAAUUAUUAACCACGACGAUUUCGACGAGGAGGAGGAAGAGUCUCUACAAAAGGUUGGCGAGCUGAUGACUAUCAAUCACGGCCUCCUGGUUUCGCUUGGCGUCUCUCACCCACGGCUGGAGCGUGUACGAGAGCUGAUUGACCAUGAAGGUAUCGGUUGGACAAAGCUCACGGGUGCUGGCGGCGGCGGGUGCUCCAUUACGCUGCUGCGACCUGGAGUCGACAGGGCCAAGAUUGCCAGGAUGGAGAAGCGCAUGGAGGACGAAAACUUUGGCAAGUUUGAAAUCACGCUCGGCGGCGACGGUGUCGGCGUGCUGUGGCCUGCCGUCUUGAAAAACGGCACAGACGAAGAUGAGGAGGGUGGCAUGGAGAUUGAUCUCGAAAAAUUUCUUAGCGCCGAAGGCACCGAGGGCGUCGAAAAGCUGGUCGGCGUGCACGGCGGUGGGACCGAACGAGAAGGUUGGAAGUAUUGGCGCAUCGAGAGCAAAUAA